GUAUAGUGUCAUUCAAUUAGUUUGUAUUUUUGUGACGGUUCAUUCAAUUUCCUGGGUUUUUGUGAUAUUUAGGGUUAAAUAAAUUUUGGGUGGUGCUUAUAAUUGUUAGAGUCUGAGAUGCCAAUUUAGUUGUUGGGAUUCUUUUUUCUUUGUUUUUGAAUAUAAUAAUGAAUAUAAACAAAAAUGGGUCAAAGAACAUUCGUAUAUUUGGUCUACAAUUUGAACCAAAUAAAUCAAUUUUCUUCGACUUAUUUCUUUUUUAUUUUUCGUUGUAGAGGGUCAAUUUCCGAUGCGAUGGGAAGGCAAGAAGAGAGAAACAGAAGGAAACUAGUGACUUUAGAUUGAAAAGUAAUGGCAAAGGAGCAAAUUCAGGUGCUAAAUGCACUUGAUGUGGCGAAAACGCAAUGGUAUCACUUCACAGCAAUCAUCAUUGCUGGAAUGGGAUUCUUUACUGAUGCCUAUGAUCUGUUCUGCAUAUCCCUUGUUACCAAGUUGCUGGGACGCAUAUAUUACCAUGUUGAUGGUGCCGGGAAGCCCGGUACAUUGCCACCCAAUGUAUCAGCUGCGGUUAAUGGGGUUGCUUUCUGUGGUACACUUACAGGGCAGCUUUUCUUUGGCUGGCUUGGUGAUAAGUUGGGUAGGAAGAAAGUGUAUGGUAUGACACUGAUGAUAAUGGUAAUCUGCUCCAUUGGUUCCGGCCUUUCUUUUGGACACAAUCCAAAAACGGUCAUGGCAACUCUUUGCUUCUUCCGUUUUUGGCUUGGGUUUGGUAUUGGUGGAGAUUACCCGCUUUCGGCUACUAUAAUGUCAGAGUAUUCUAAUAAGAAGACUCGUGGUGCCUUCAUUGCUGCAGUCUUUGCCAUGCAGGGGUUUGGAAUUUUGGGAGGUGGUAUAUUUGCAAUCAUAGUUUCAGCUGCAUUCAAGGCCAUGUUUGAUUCACCGUCUUACGAGGUUGAUCCAGUUCGUUCAACUGUUCCACAAGCAGACUACAUUUGGAGGAUAAUUGUGAUGGUAGGAGCACUCCCGGCUGCAAUGACUUACUAUUGGCGGAUGAAGAUGCCAGAAACUGCUCGUUACACUGCUCUAGUUGCUAAGGACACCAAGCAGGCUGCAGCAGAUAUGUCUAAGGUUUUGCAGGUUGAGAUUCAAGCUGAACCACAACAAGCGGAGAAGGCAAAAUCAUAUGGCUUGUUGUCAAAGGAGUUCAUGAGUCGUCAUGGACUACAUUUACUUGGUACAACAAGCACUUGGUUCUUGCUUGAUAUAGCAUUUUACAGUCAAAAUCUCUUCCAGAAGGAUAUCUUCAGUGCAAUUGGUUGGAUACCACCUGCACAAACUAUGAAUGCACUUGAGGAGGUUUACAAAAUCGCAAGAGCUCAAACACUUAUUGCUCUAUGCAGUACAGUUCCAGGCUACUGGUUUACGGUGGCUCUCAUUGACAGGAUAGGAAGGUUUAAAAUCCAAUUGAUGGGAUUCUUCUUUAUGACUGUCUUCAUGUUUGCUCUUGCCAUUCCAUAUGAUCACUGGACUCAUAAGGAUCACCGAAUCGGAUUCGUGGUAUUGUAUUCAUUGACCUUCUUCUUUGCAAAUUUCGGGCCUAAUGCUACCACCUUUGUUGUGCCAGCAGAAAUUUUUCCUGCUAGAUUCCGUUCUACCUGCCAUGGAAUAUCAUCCGCAUCUGGGAAGCUUGGGGCUAUGGUUGGUGCGUUUGGGUUCUUGUACUUGGCACAGAACAAGGACAAGAGUAAAGCAGAUGCAGGGUACCCUGCAGGUAUUGGUGUGAAGAAUUCACUGCUUCUCUUGGGUGUGGUUAACAUUUUGGGAUUCCUUUUUACUUUCUUGGUGCCCGAGGCAAAUGGAAAAUCUUUGGAGGAGAUGUCAGGUGAGAACGAAGAGGAAGCCGGAACCAAUGGAGAGUUGGAGCAAUCUCAUUCUCAUAACAGAACUGUUUCACAUGUUUAGAUUGAGUUUAAUUAGUUUGUUUUAUCUUGUAAUAAAGCACUAUCUUUCAAUUUGUUUAGGAUGCACCAAAGCUCUCCCUUCCCCUGUCACGUCUUUAUCCCGGAUUAUGUCUGAUGAACCAUUAGUUCUACAAAUAUCAAAUGCAAUGUUGCAAUUGAUGUUUAAUUUUUGGAUUUAAUAGUUAGUAGUUUCGAUUCAUUUUCAAAAACCAGUUUCGACUGUGUUCUAUUUUCUUUUCCUUUGUUACUUUCUGUUGUGUCAGUGUUCCAAUAAAUUAUUUUUAGUUGGUGUUAUUAAAA